UCAGCUGUGUCCAAUCACAGCUGAUCACUGGUGAUCAGUGUGCCCUGAUGAUCAGUGUAGCCCCAGCAGUGCCACCUGUCAUUGUCCAUCAGUGCCUUAUGCCAGUGCUCAUCAGUGCCACAUCAGUGCCACAUAUCAGUGCCUACCAGUGCACAUCAAUGCCACAUAGUGCCCAUCUGAGCUGCCUUUCAGUGUCACCCAUCAGUGCCAGUCAAUGCCACCUAUCAAUGCCAAUCAGUGCCACCUAUCAGUGCUGCCAAUCAGUGCCACCUAUCGGUGCCAGUCAGUGCCGCCUAUCAGUGCCAGUCAGUGACACCUAUCAG